ACACGGAGUAAAUGAGUCGCAUGAAGUCCCUCAACGUGUGAAUCCUGCUCUGCACAGCCACCCCGAAUCCUCAUGCAAAAUAUUCUCUGCACUCAACUAGUCUAAUUUUCACACCCCUUUUCUUUUAUGAGUGUCUGUCCAAUUUACAAACCACCUCUACCAAAUCUUUCCACUCAACUUGCUGCCAUGUUGCCUUACAACAUCUCCGGUCACCGGACAUUCCUCCUCCUCAUCGCCCUCUUUUUCUCAGCUCUGGUUCUUCCUGCAACUUCAGAUGAGCUUCAAGUCCUUCUCAAACUCAAGUCGAAUCUCGAAAACUCGAAUUCACAUGUUUUUAGUACAUGGUCAUCAGAAAAUAGUCCAUGCAACUUCACUGGGAUAGUUUGUGAUACUAAUCAAAUGGUCAGAGAAAUUAAUCUUCCUUUACAAAAUCUUGUAGGGACUGUUCCAUUUGAUGCAAUAUGUUCUCUUGAGUCACUUGAAAAAGUUUCACUAGGGAAUAACUCUUUGGUUGGUGAUAUUAGUGAUCAUUUGAGAAAUUGUACUAAUUUAAAGUACUUGGAUUUGGGUUGGAAUUUCUUUUCUGGGGGAGUUCCUGACUUGUCUUCGUUAACAAAACUCGAGUUCUUGAGUUUGAAUUUGAGUGGAGUUUCGGGCUCCUUUCCUUGGAAAUCAUUGGAAAAUCUUACAAGCUUAAGUUUCUUGAGUCUAGGUGACAAUCUUUUUGAAAAGAAUCUGUUUCCUCUGGAAAUACUGAAACUUGAGAAAUUGUAUUGGCUUUACCUCACAAACUCAAGUAUUGAAGGUCAAAUUCCAGAGGAUAUUGGAAGGCUUACUCUGCUUGAACAUCUUGAGCUUUCGGCCAAUUUCUUGUUUGGUAAAAUCCCAGUUGGAAUCACAAAACUCACCAAACUUUCUGACCUUUUUCUCUAUGAUAAUAAUCUUUCCGGAAAAUUUCCUGUUGGGUUUGGAAAUCUUUCCAACCUUGAGGCCCUGGAUGCUUCAAAUAACAGCCUUGAAGGUGAUAUUUCUGAGCUGAAGUCUUUAACAAACCUUGGAAUACUGCAGCUAUUCGAAAAUCAAUUAUCAGGAGAAGUUCCAGUGGAGUUUGGAGACUUCAAGUUUCUUCGAGAAAUCUCUCUUUAUUCCAACAGGUUCACGGGCUCUCUCCCACAAAAGAUUGGUUCUUGGACUGAUUUUCAAUCAAUAGAUGUUGCAGAAAAUUUUUUCACUGGUCCAAUUCCACCUGAUAUGUGUAAGGAAGGUAAGAUGGUUGAUAUACUUCUGUUGCAAAACAAUUUUACUGGCGAAAUACCUGAGACUUAUGCAAAUUGUUUAACUUUGGAUCGAUUUCGGGUAAGUAAUAACUCUCUGUCAGGCCCAGUUCCUCCAGCAAUUUGGGGGUUGCCAAAUUUAAGUAUACUUGAUCUUGCAUUCAAUCAGUUUGAAGGUCCGGUGACACGCGAUAUAGGACAGGCCAAGUAUUUGUCCCGGCUGUUUCUAGCCCAUAAUCAAUUCUCUGGAGAAUUACCUGGCACCAUUUCAGACGCUUCUUCCUUGGAGACAAUUGUGUUGAGUUCAAACAAUUUUUCUGGUGAAAUUCCAUCAACAGUUGGAGAACUGGUAAGAUUAAGUAGCUUUUAUUUAGAUGGCAACAAUUUUUCUGGUGCCAUUCCACACUCAUUAGGAUCAUGUGGUUCUUUGAAUGUCCUAAAUCUUGCUAAAAAUUCGCUUUAUGGUGAAAUUCCUGCAAGUCUUGGUUAUUUACAGACCUUAAACUCCUUAAAUCUAUCAGAUAACAAACUUUCUGGGAAAAUUCCAGAGAGUUUGUCAUCGUCUAGAUUAAGCCUUCUUGAUUUGUCAAACAACCAGUUGAGUGGGCGUAUACCGGAUUCUAUAUCAGUUAAUGUGUUCAGUGAGAGCUUUGUUGGAAACCCGGGCCUGUGUAGUGAUAGUGGCAUCAGAAAUUUGAGGCCUUGUGCAUCAUCAUCAGGUAAUAAAAUGUCAAUUCAGUCGAAAGUAAUCGUCUCUUGUUCUGUUGCUGGGGUAUUUGUGUUGGUUUUGUUACUUGUAGCCUUAAUUUUGGCAAGCCCAAGGAAAAACAGUGAGAAUUGUCCGAUGCAGAGACGUGACUCUUGGGAUUUAAAACAGUAUCAUAUAUUGAGCUUCGGUGAAGAAGAGGUAGUAAAAGCACUCAAACAAGAGAAUGUGAUAGGUAAAGGUGGAUGUGGAAGUGUGUACAAGGUCACCUUAAGUUGUGGUAAACAAUUAGCUGUUAAACACAUUUGGAAACAAGAUUCCAGUGGAGAGAAUAAAUUUGGGACAACCUCACCUAUGCUCGAAAAAGGAAAGACCCGGACACCUGAGUACGAUGCUGAGGUUGCAACAUUGAGCUCAAUAAGACAUGUGAAUGUUGUCAAGCUGUACUGUAGUAUCACCAGUGAAGACUCACAUCUGCUAGUUUACGAAUUCAUGCCAAAUGGGAGUUUAUGGGACCAGUUACACACUCGCCAGCAGAUCAGAAUGGAUUGGAGUGUCAGAUACGAGAUAGCAUUGGGAGCGGCAAGGGGAUUGGAGUACCUGCAUCAUGGUUGUGAUAGGCCAGUGAUACACCGGGACGUGAAAUCGAGUAACAUAUUGUUGGAUGAGAACAUGAAGCCUAGGAUUGCUGAUUUUGGGCUAGCAAAAGUAGUUCAGCCUAACGGACUCAGGGGGACGACACACUUGAUUGCAGGGACAUAUGGCUACAUUGCUCCAGAAUAUGCAUAUGCAUACAAAGUAGACGAAAAGAGUGACGUUUACAGCUUCGGGGUUGUACUAAUGGAAUUGGUUACUGGAAGAAGGCCAACUGAACCUGAUUUCGGAGAUAAGGAUUUAGUCCAAUGGGUAUGUGACACAGUGAUGAGGAGUGAAGAAAAGGCAAUUAAUCUGGUAGAUUCAACCAUUUCAGACCGCUUGAAGGAAGAUGCUGCCAAGGUUUUGACCAUCGCGAUUCGUUGCACAAUAAAGAUUCCUACAUUAAGGCCUUCUAUGAAAAUGGUAGUACACAUGCUGGAGGAUGUAGCACCCUGUCUACCAGAUGAAGCCACUGUCAAAAGUGAUGGUCAAAACAGCAGGCAAUAAGAAAUUGCAGAGUUCUGGUAUUGCAUAGCAUUGCAAUACUAAGGAAUGUACUGAAUGGCUUUUGCAGUAGCUGAUAAAUGGAUAAUAUAGGAGAUCAUUUUAUACACAGACGGUUGAUACAGGACUAUCUGUAAAUUAAGUUGUAGGUGUUAAUGAUUGUAAACUUCUUAAGAGCAAUAUAAAUCUCGGUGAAUUUCUAGUUUA